AUGGAGCCCGAGGAAGGAGCGGACCGCACGCCGCUGCUGAAGGAGUCCCCGCCGGGCACCAGCACGGGCACAGGCACGGUGCCUGCAUGCUGCUCUGCCCGUUAUAAUUUAGCACUGCUGGCCUUUUUUGGAUUCUUUCUCCUGUAUGCAUUACGAGUAAACCUCAGUGUUGCUCUAGUGGAUAUGGUAGAACCUAACACAAGCUUAGCAAAGAAUACAACUUCCAAUGUGUGUCCAGAACAUUCCUCUACUAUCAAUGUUCCUCGCAAUACAUCGGGGAAAAAAUAUUCUUGGGAUGCUGAUACUCAGGGAUGGAUCCUUGGUUCUUUUUUCUAUGGCUAUAUCAUUACCCAGAUUCCAGGUGGAUAUCUCGCAAGCAAAAUUGGAGGGAAGCUGUUGCUGGGGUUUGGCAUCUUUGGUACCUCUGUGUUCACCUUGCUUACUCCCUUAGCAGCAAAUCUGGGAGUUGGCUAUCUCAUAGCUGUCAGAGCCUUGGAAGGACUGGGAGAGGGUGUUACUUUUCCUGCUAUGCAUUCAAUGUGGUCGUCUUGGGCUCCUCCAUUGGAACGCAGCAAGCUCCUUAGCAUUUCAUAUGCAGGUGCACAGCUGGGAACUGUUGUGUCUCUGCCACUGUCUGGUUUAAUUUGCUACUAUAUGAAUUGGAUUUAUGUGUUUUAUAUAUUUGGUGCACUUGGUGUAUUAUGGUUCUUCUUCUGGAUGUGGUUUGUUAGUGAUACACCAGAAACUCACUGGAGCAUUUCUCAUGCUGAAAAAGAAUAUAUACUUUCUUCCGUAAAAGAUCAGCUUUCAACACAGAAAUCGGUUCCCUGGAGACGGAUCCUGGGGUCUCUGCCUCUCUGGGCUAUAGUCGUGGCCCAAUUCUCUUACAACUGGACUUUCUAUACUCUGCUUACGCUCUUGCCCACAUACAUGAAGGAGAUCCUGAGGUUUGAUGCACAAGAGAAUGGUUUUCUAUCUGCCCUACCUUAUUUUGGCUGCUGGUUAUGUAUAAUUCUGUCUGGACAAAUCGCAGAUCACUUAAGGGAGAAACAGAACUUGUCUACUGUGUGUGUUCGCAAAUCUUUUACCCUAAUAGGGAUGAUCGGACCUGCCGUGUUCUUAGUAGCAGCUGGAUUCACAGGCUGUAACUAUGAGCUGGCUGUUGCCUUCGUGACCAUAUCAACAACGCUAGGAGGAUUUUGUACAUCUGGCUACAGCAUUAACCACCUGGACAUUGCACCAUCGUAUGCUGGAAUCCUCCUUGGAAUCACAAAUUCAUUUGGCACCAUCCCAGGAAUGGUGGGACCAGUUAUUGCCAAGAACCUCACUCAUAAUAAUACCGUGGGAGAAUGGCAGACUGUUUUCUAUAUUGCUGCUUCUAUUAAUUUAUUUGGAGCAAUUUUCUUUGCGUUGUUUGGAAGUGGAGAAGUUCAGGACUGGGCAGUCAGUGGUUAUCACUUGCACAGAAACUGAAGGAGACAUUGAAGUACCAAAGCUGUGCUGAAUCCCUGUGUGCUAGAAUUAUGUGUCCAGAAAAGUGCCUUUCCUGCUGAUGGCGAGAAGCCUUCAGAGCUUUUUUGGUUUAACUAUUUUAUCUGUGUAUCUUUUGUACUGGAAAUCAUUGACAGCGUAUAUAUGUUCUUUCCUAACAAGAAACUACUUGAAUUAUAAUAGGAUGGCUUCACGUUAGGACUUGAUAUCAAAUAUAUGAUSAGAGAAUUAACACUUCAAAAUGAUGAGCUAGGCUCAAUUUCCUUCCAAAUUUUAAUUAAUACUUUUUUUUCUGAAGUAAUGAGUAGGAGGAUGUUUGAUACUAAAAUGAAAGGAAAAAGUGAUUGUGUAGCAGUAGAAGGAGGAAUGGAAUACAGAAAAUUGUACACAAAAAACAGUGCUUUUAUUUCCAUAGUAAGAUUGAUAUGUAUGGUGUUUAAAURUUAGGAAAAUUUCUAGUUUUCUACAGUCUUUUAUAUUUUGGCCAGUGUUUUAAUUGAAGUCUAAGAAAUGCACAGAUGGUUUUAUUCACUUUUAUGCACAACUUUUCAAUAUAUAAACCCUUGCUUUUUCAAGAAYGCAGUUUCACAAUAGCUACAGAGCCAUGAGGAAGUAAAAUAAGUGGUUGUGACAGAGUAAGCCCUGUGUUACUGUUCAUAGGCCUUAUUUUUAUUCAUCUGUGCAAAGAAUCGGUGCAAAUGUGUGGUUUACAUCAUGGCAGUGUAAAAUGAACUAGAAAUGGAAUGUCUGGAUGUUUAUAUUCACAUAACUUUGAAUUUGGCAGUACAAUUAUUGUCUGUUAACUGAUACUGUGUUAUUCUUUCCUCUUGCUUGUAGAUGUAUGUCAGCUUGUCAGUGUAAAUGUAUUAAAAUAAGGCCAGUGCAGGGCAUAACAAGGAAAAGUAAUUCUAUAACAGUCUUGUUAGAUAAAAGUAGAAUAAAAAGAACUGGUGCAAUAUCCUGAUGCUGUUCUCCUGUCAGCAUAGAAUUUGGGACUCGAGCAYACUUAGCACCGCACUCCGGCGAAAUGCCACGCAGUAGGCUUAAAUGAAGUCUGUGAAAACAGUGGCCUAGUUAAGAAUGAACGACUGAGUAAUCUUGUCACAAAGCAAAGGAAAAUUCCUGUGCCAAAGAUUCAAAGAUUCCUGGACUUGAGCAAUUGGUUUAAAAAAAAAAAAAAAAAAAAAAAACACC